UGGCAAAGCUGAACGAUGAGCGGUGAGUAGAGUAUAGUGUGAGGAGUCUCGUAUGUACUCUGCUUCUGUGCUGACGGAAGGUAAAAUAAUGGUAAACUAAGCAGUAUAAAGUCACCAACCAGGCUGCCGUACAAAUAAAUGCUAGUGUAAUUCUCGUGUUUGGAUCAGGACUAUAUCAGCCCACCUUCAGCGAAUUCCUGAAGUAGACGCAUUGGUUGAAUGCAUUUAGCAGUAUUUAUUCGGGUGGCAGUGGGUGGAAAAAACAGCAUCGUAGCGCCAGACCGAAUCGGCCCAUCGGUACGGCAUUAGGCAGAGGUCAAAGACAUCUGUAGUCGAAAGGCCUUGAGAGAGAACGAGAAGGAGCGCACGGGAGGGAAAGAGAGAAAUACGCGCUAGAGAGACACACAUAGACACACAGUCAAAGAGCAUCAGGAAAGCGCUUGUUUUAGUUUCGUCCCGUACGGCGUAGAUUGUUAUUAGUUUGAUCGCUAAUAGAUAGCUUUGAAGUGUACAAGAUAGGCAAUACAAUUGUAACUCAAAAUGAGCGAAGAGGAUGGCGAGGGACGAUCUGUCAACACCGCCGCAGCGGCAGCGAUAUCUGCGGCAGCUUGCACCGAGAAGGAAAACCCAAAAACCCCUGACGUGCGAGAGUUCGCCAAGGUUCCGAUUUUUGUCGUGGAAGAUCAUCACGAUGUGUUGACGUUUCUGUAUCGAUGUCUCGGCUCCCGUCAUCUUCCCUUACGAGGGAACACAAUCAUCCAUUUUGACUCCCAUCCGGACAUGUGCAUCCCGAAGCACAUGCCGGCGGGAUACGUGUUCAACAAGGAAGAUUUGUUAGACAGUAUCAGCAUCGAAAAUUGGCUGAUGCCGACGGUUUUUGCCGGACACGUCAAGCGGAUCGUCUGGAUCAAACCCGACUGGUCCGAUCAGAUACCGAAGGGAAAAUUUCAUUUCAACGUGGGCGAGUAUGAGGGCAGCAUCCGAACCGAUUCGACACUGGAGUACUUCGUGUCCGAAGGAUGCUAUCAACCUGAGGAAAAUUUGGAAAACAAAAAACCGCUUGAUCUAGAAGUUUGUUCGAUCACAGAGUACGGAGUAGCGGACGACGAAGACCUAAAGAGUGGCUACAUUCUAGACAUUGAUUUAGACUACUUCAGUACACACAAUCCGUUUUUGAAGAUUUACGAAAAGGUUGGUUUGUACGACAAACUCAAAGAGAUAUUCAUUUCACCGGAGUUGGCCGACAGUGCGGAGAAUGAUCUGGAAAAACUUCAAGAAAUUGCCAAAAGUCGGGAAGAAAAGUUGGAAUUUCUAGAAUCAAUGUUUCUCUACCUCGAAGAGGUUGGAAACCUGAAGCAUUUCCUGAUAGACUAUCAGCAGGAAAUCAGCGAAGAGUACACUCAGUUGUUGCAAAAAGUGUCGGCCCUGGUGACAACGCUGAAGAAGGAGUACUCCGAAGAUGAAAUCGAUUGGUCGAUGAUUUAUGAUGCGGGUUGUACUUGUGAUGUCACCGAUCUUCCACACCACGAAUCGACUAGAGAGGAGAUUGAAUUGAUGGUAACACAGCUGGAUGGUUUUCUGUCGCGUCUUCCGGGUCCUCCUACCGUGAUCACCAUUUCGAGGUCUAGCGAAGAUGAUUACACACCCGCCGAGCAGGUUGAAAUGAUCCAGGAACUCGUUCUGGCGGCACUGUCGAAAUGUCUUCGAACUAAUUUGGAUGAACCAACACUAUACUAUAAGGAUCAGGAAAUUAAGCUGUAAGGUGCGUUGAGCCAAGCCAACCGCCCGAACCGUAAACCGUCAUGUUUCCUUACUUCCUGUAACUAGACUUCCGUAGGACCCUAGCAGAACCAGUGUAGCAUUAUUACUAUGUAGUGCGAUGAACAGUGACUAACGUUUAAAUAGUUUAGCCAGACAAGAAUAACUACUAGCCAGAAUAAAACACCAAAAUAUUGACAAGUAGAUAUGACUUUAAUAUGAAGGUACCAAAAUAUAUAAAAAAAAACCUUAUAAUCA